CGUGUUGGUAACGCUGAUCUGCCGUCCGCGAAUCAAAUUUUUAAGAGUAGUACGCCGCCGGGAGGGUGUUCGACGUUUGAAAAGUCAAAUUCUUCGAAACAAUCGCGCUCGAAGAAGCAUUUCACAAAUCGAAGACUAUGUCCGGUGAUGUGCAGCCGAGAAAGCGGAAGGAAAAGCGACGUAAAAAAGAGGAUGAAGAUACUGGUACUCCACCGCCUAUAUUGAUCAAUCCGACGGAUAGUCCCACCGAAAAUAUCACUAUUCAUGUCUAUAAAGAAAGUAGCACGGGCGGACAUUGGUGCGCGAGGAUCGUAUUUUUUGUUUUGCUGGCUGUUCUUGUGGGACUGAUUGGUGUGAUAAUCAUCGAACACAGAGGAACCACAGAUGUUGAUACACCAGUAUCAUCGUCACGUUGGGCGAACAUAUUUGAGGGUUGGGUGGAUGAGUCACCGCCGAGUCAUGACGAAGAAGAAAAGACCGAAACAAGCGAAGAAGCCGUAGAAGAAAAAGAAGACAAGGAAGAUCACGACGAAGAAGAAUCGGCUGAAGCUGAGGAAGAAGAAGAAGAAGAAGAAGAAGGAGAAAGUGCAGAAGAAGACGUAGAAGAGGAAGAUGAAGGAAUUGGCGAAGAGGAAGAAGAGGAAGAAACAGAAGAAGGAGAGCAAGAAGUAGAAGAAGAAGAGGAGGAAGAAGAAGAAGAAGAAGAAGAAGGAGAAGACAAAACUGAGGAACAAUAUGAAGAAGAGGAAGAAGAAAAAGAAACCACAGAAGAUGAUGCUGAAGAGGUAACAGAUGAAGGUGAGAGCAAAGAAGAGGAGCAAGAGGAAGAUGAAGGUAUUGACGAAGGAGAAGCCGACGAGGAAGCAGAUGAUGAUGAUGAUGCUCAACAAGAAUUCGAUGAUAUUGGUACACUGGAAGAAAUUGACGAGGCAAAUGAGAACGAAGAUGCAGAUGGAGACAAUGAUAUACCGGACAACUUCGAUGUAGAACUUGAUGAUAAUUCUGCAGAAGAUAACGAAGAUGUAUCUCAAGAGUUUGCAGGUAUUCCUGGCGUUAAUGAGAUCGAUGAUAGUGCUGAGCCUCUGGAGGAGAUAGAAGGUGAAGAAUCCGAGGAAGACAUAAACGAUGCGGAAAAUGACUCUGAUGAAGAGGAAGAUAUUGAGGAGGAAGAAUCAACUAGCGUGGCUGUGAAGUUCGGGAUUGGUGUUGCGCUAGUCGUUGCUGCACAUUUUGUUCUCGUUAGACGAUGGAACAACGUUGAUAUAAACGACAUACCCGCUUUAUCCAGACGUAAUACAAUAAUUCAACCUUCUCGCAAACAAGUAAUCAAGUCAACUGAAAGUGUUGCGAACAAACCAUCUACGGAUGCACAAGUAAAGCAUCAAGAAGAAAAAUCUAACUAUGGAUCGCAAGAAGAAAAUAUUUUAACUAAUUUAAAGAAAGCUCAAGACGAAAUAGCACAAGUAAAAGAAAAAUUGUCAACUCGAAAAGACACAGAAGAAGUCGACAGUAGUCAGCCUAAAAUAAUAUCAUCUGAGGAAGAAGAAGAAGGCGAAGAUGAAUUAGGAACAUCGGAAGGCGAGCAUGUUUCCGAGGUAGAAGAUGAAGAGGAAGAGGAAGAGGAAGAAGAAGAAGAAGUAGUUGAAAAUGUUGAUGAUUCUGAAUUAAUAGCUAGACUCGAAGCAAAAUAUGGAAAAUUGCCAACCCCACAAGAUAGUGAAAUUGAAGAGGAAGAGGAGGAGGAGGAGGAGGAAGAGGAGGAAGAGGAGGAACAGGAAAUAGAGGAAGUAGAUAAAAAAAUGCCACAAUGGAAACGUGUUAAAACGGUAAAGGACUCAAACGAGGAAUCUCAAGCAAAAAGACCUAUUCAACAGAUAAGAAUAGAAACUAAACAAGUAGAUAAUAGUCCAACGGAUAGUGAAGAAAAAGUUUAUAAUUUUAAUAACGUGUCUAAUAUAGAUAAAGAAAAUGAUAUUACAGAAUCCUAG